AUGCGGGCCGUCCCUGGAAGAGGUGGCCCAGCCUCCCUUGUGUGCUGCCCGCAGCCCUGCGGGGAUGCUGGCAGGCGGGAGCCCGGUGGGGAGCUGGUGUGGCCUCGCUUGUUCACGCCAGCCUGUGCUCGUGCCACAGGGACGCGGUGGCAGCGCGACCUCCCCGCCAACAGCUGCCCCUGCUCAGCCCCUCUGGAAAGCGAGGGUGAAACUACAGCCUUGCUGCGCUCCCUCGGCGUCAGGCGGCCGCCUUCAUCUACUGAUGGGGAGGUCUCUCUGAAAGAGUUCCUAGCCAAAGCCAAAGAAGACUUUUUAAGAAAAUGGGAAAGCCCCCCUCAGAAUACUGCUGGCCUAGAUGAUUUUGAGAGGCAAAAAACCCUUGGAACAGGAUCAUUUGGGAGAGUUAUGAUGGUGAAACAUAAAUCCACAGAACAGUAUUAUGCUAUGAAGAUACUGGACAAACAGAAGGUCGUCAAACUGAAGCAAAUAGAACACACACUGAAUGAGAAGAGAAUAUUACAAGCGGUGAACUUUCCUUUCCUUGUAAAACUGGAGUAUUCUUUUAAGGACAAUUCUAAUUUAUACAUGGUAAUGGAGUAUGUUCCUGGUGGUGAAAUGUUUUCACAUCUAAGAAGAAUCGGAAGGUUCAGUGAACCACAUGCACGGUUUUAUGCAGCUCAGAUAGUGCUAACAUUUGAGUACCUCCAUUCGUUAGACCUCAUCUACAGAGAUCUAAAGCCUGAAAAUCUUUUAAUUGAUCAGCAAGGAUACAUCCAGGUCACGGACUUUGGCUUUGCAAAAAGAGUAAAAGGAAGAACUUGGACGUUAUGUGGGACUCCAGAAUACUUGGCACCUGAAAUAAUUCUCAGCAAGGGUUACAACAAGGCAGUGGAUUGGUGGGCAUUAGGAGUGUUAAUCUAUGAAAUGGCAGCUGGAUAUCCCCCGUUCUUUGCAGAUCAGCCCAUUCAAAUUUAUGAGAAGAUUGUGUCUGGCAAGGUAAGGUUCCCAUCACACUUCAGUUCAGACCUAAAGGAUCUUCUAAGAAAUUUACUCCAGGUAGAUUUGACCAAACGAUAUGGAAAUCUCAAGAAUGGUGUAAAUGACAUAAAGAAUCACAAGUGGUUUGCAACUACAGAUUGGAUUGCCAUUUAUCAGAGAAAGGUAGAAGCUCCGUUCAUACCAAAGUGCAGAGGCCCUGGAGAUACCAGCAACUUUGAUGACUAUGAAGAAGAAGAUAUUCGUGCGUCUCUAACAGAAAAAUGUGCAAAAGAAUUUGCUGAUUUUUAGUAGGAGUAAGAGGACAAGAUGACAUCAGGGCUCACAUUGGGAUCUUUGCACUCUGUUAACAGAUGAGGUGGAGCUGAGACCAUCAUAUGUCAAAACAGUUACCUAGUUACUUCAUUCCACAAAGCUGACUGAGGUCUUUAUUGCCAUCUUCCAUGUGUGCAGUUUGCACCAACCCUUCUAACUAGGCACAAUUAAGCAAGCACUGUUUGUGCAGUAACACAGAAUAAUAGACCACUUUCCUACUUAACUUUGGUUUCUGUCGUUCUUUGUUUCUGUGUAUUGUUCAUUUUCCCCCUUUAAAAUGAAGUAGUUUUUUACCCCAGAAUGCUCCAUUUUAUUUUGAAUAAUGUAUUAUUUGUGUGAGUGAAAUGGAAGGUGUUGCGGCUAGUGUGAUUUAGACUGAAGUGAAAGAUAAAUGUUGCUUCUAGUCUGUGCCAGCCAAUAAUUCUUGUCUGUCUUGUGUCUGAUGCUACAAUUUAUAAUAAUUUUUUAGUAGCUCAGACUAAACCUAGCCAACAUUUCUAGCAUUUUUGAAGGUAGUAUUUAUCGCCAUAUAAAUGUCUGCUAAAUUAACUUAAAAACAUUUCUUCCUGGAGACUGACCAAAAUUCAGUAGAAUCAAUUGGAUGGCUUAAGUAGGGGACAGUAGCUAGACCCCGUGCCUUGGUUUUCUACAUCCCUGCAGUUUUCGUCACUGCCUCCUUCCUUUGUAUUUCCCACCUAGGCAGUAGGUAAAUUGCCAUAACCAGACUGUACCAUGGGAAGCUUACAGUCUCGUGAGAGGGAGUAAUUCCACCUGGUCUGGAUUUUGGACCAUAUUUAACCAAGUCAACUUACCAGCAUUUCAGUUGGCAGGUAUGAAAUGGCUUUUUUAAGAACAUGAACCCUAAACUCUUAAAGGAAGUUUUGGUCAGUAUUGUAGAGAAAGAAUAUGAUUCAUUUUGAUUCACAUUUUCUCUCUCUUUUUUUUUUUUUUUU